ACAUCUCUUUAUCUCAAAAACCAUCCCUCAUACCAGUAAAAGGGUGACCACCAUGGAUGACUUGGUAUACGAGCUAGAUCCGAAAGGUGACAUUUUCCUCAUUCUGGAUAACGUGUCUACGGAUUUUCCCUACAACCUACGAGAUAUUACCACUGUGGCGGGGUGGCCGGAUGGACUCCGUAACCCCCCAGCUCCAACAAGCGAUAGGAAUAAAACCAUCAAGCAAGAAGAUGAUGGAAGUUCAGGCGACGCUGUUGAUUCAGCCAAGACCCCUAAGUCUCCCCCACAGCGCCGUCUACAGAUUCGUGCAUCGUCAAAACAUCUGACAUUGGCCUGCCCACAAUUCCAACGCACGCUACAAAACGGAUUUCAGGAGGGAACCGAGCUCAGGGCCACCGGCUGUCUAAGGUUCCCUGUGCGAGAUUGGGAGGCAGUACCCUUCUUGGUCCUGAUGUUAAUCAUCCAUCAUCGAACACGACUGGUGCCUUGGCAAGUGUCCUUAGACAGGCUGGUGGAGAUCGCGCAGUUGGUCGAUUACUAUGAGUGUCAUGAGGCAGUGGAACCGUUCUCGAAUUCAUGGCUCAUUCAUCUGAAGAUCAGAUCUUUGAGCCCCCCUUAUUAUACCCCUUCAUCGGAUGAUGAGGCCAGGAAAUGGAUUUCUGUAUCUUGGGUAUUUAACGAGGCCAAGGCAUUCCAAGAAUCCUCCAAGUACUUGGAGUCCAAGAGCACAAGUAUGAUUAGCUUCAGUGGACUCCCUGUUCCCGGCACGAUACAAGAUGAGAUCAACCGUUCCCGGCGAGCGCUGAUGACAAAAGUCGUGGAGUGUAUGCAUAGUCUUUCCUCACAACUACGGGACGGCCCAGAACGAUGUUCUGAGCUGUGUGAUUGUGCGCUCCUAGGCGUGCUGACAAAAGGAAUGCAUCGAGCUGGAAUUCUAUCGCUGAAUUCAUUCUCAAGCUUUGAGGGGAUCAGCUUCACCCAAUUGGCACACGAGUGUCGCAACAUCAAAACUCCGAGUAAUAUGAGGCAUAUCUGCAGGAAUCCACUUAGUCCGUGCAGCAUAUCCAAACAAGUCGAACCCCUGCUACAGAAUAUAGAGAAGCUCAAUGUCGGGUUGAAAAAAUUACAAUUCGUCAAGGAUCCCUUCCUCCUUAAUUGGAAUACCAGACUCAUCAAAUCAACAGUGAAACUGCCUUCUUAGGUCCAAUUUCACCUUCCAUCUUACCGGCCUAACGCUCGAUGGCUGAUAAGACCACUUAAUCCAAUCUCUUCACUCCAUCCAGAUGGUGGAUCUCAGUCUGCACCUGAUAACAUUGACUUAGCCAUUCUUAUAAUGAAGGCAACUGCACGUUAUGUGUACUAUUCGAUAUUCUUAUGUAGCGUGUUCAAAGCAGCUCUUGAUGAACGCGAUGGUAUAUUACGGAAUGAACAG